AUGGAAACCCACCCACCACAACCACAAGGGCUCAAACAGGAGGAUGAACAUAUUUUUCGCAGUCGGCUUCCGGCAGUUCCGGUGCCGGAAAACAUGACUCUGCCAGACUUUGUGCUUCAUGAGGCUGAAUUAUACGCCAACAAGGUAGCAUUUGUCGAGGCUGUAACUGGGAAGGCGUACACAUAUGGCCAGGUGACCCGAGACACACGAAGGUUUGCUAAGGCUUUGAAGUCUCUUGGCCUGAGGAAGGGGCAGGUGGUGGUGGUUGUUCUCCCUAAUGUGGCGGAGUACGCCAUUGUUGCUCUUGGGAUUAUGAUGGCCGGGGGAGUCUUCUCCGGCGCAAACCCAUUGGCCCAUGCAUCAGAGAUAAGGAAGCAGGUUGAGGAUGCUGAUGCUAAGCUCCUUGUUACAAGUGGAUCCACCUACGAGAAGGUGAAGAGUCUGGGCUUGCCAAUCAUAGCAAUGGGCGAAGAACGUAUCGAAAAUGUCAUCUGUUGGGAGGAUUUACUUGAGGCAGCCGACCGUGCCGGUUCCGAUGCCGCCGACGAGACAAUCAAGCAGACUGAUCUCUGUGCCCUUCCGUUCUCGUCAGGUACCACAGGGACUUCAAAGGGUGUGAUGCUCUCGCACAGGAACCUAGUAGCCAACUUGUGCUCCACACUCUUCAGUGUUGGGCCUGAGAUGGUGGGCCAGAUCACUACGCUGGGCCUCAUGCCAUUUUUCCAUAUAUACGGGAUCACGGGAAUAUGUUGCGCCACCCUUAGGAAUAAGGGAACAGUUGUGGUGAUGGGAAGGUUCGAUCUCAGGACGUUCUUGAAUGCGUUGAUCAACCAUGAGAUCACGUUUGCUCCAAUUGUGCCGCCCAUCAUGUUGGCAUUGGUUAAGGAUCCAGUGGUUGAUGAAUUCGAUCUCCGGCGGCUCAAGCUCAGGGCUGUCAUGACUGCGGCAGCUCCUCUUGCACCGGAGCUGCUCGCAGCAUUUGAGCACAAGUUCCCCGACGUCCAAGUCCAAGAGGCCUAUGGACUGACAGAGCACAGCUGCAUUACGCUUACCCAUGGAGAUCCUAACAAAGGCCACAGCAUAGCAAAGAGAAACUCGGUGGGAUUCAUUCUCCCAAACCUGGAGAUGAAGUUCAUUGAUCCCAACAGCGGCCUGUCACUCCCCGUAAACAUCCCCGGUGAAGUCUGUGUCAGAAGCCAAUGUGUAAUGCAAGGUUACUAUAAAAGGGAGGAGGAGACAGAACGGACAAUCGACGCAGAAGGAUGGCUUCAUACAGGAGAUGUUGGGUACAUAGACGAAGAUGGGGAUGUAUUUAUCGUGGAUCGCAUAAAGGAGCUGAUCAAGUACAAGGGCUUUCAAGUACCUCCUGCAGAGCUAGAAGCCAUUCUCCUUUCUCAUCCUUCGGUUGAAGAUGCAGCAGUGUUCCCGUUGCCUGAUGAAGAUGCUGGGGAAAUUCCAGCUGCCUGUGUUGUAAUGAAUCCAAAUGCAAAGGAGAGUGAAGAAGAGAUCAUGAACUAUGUUGCAUCUAACGUAGCCUCUUAUAAGAAGGUGAGGCUGGUUCACUUCGUGGAUUCCAUACCUAAAUCACCCUCAGGCAAGAUUAUGAGAAGGUUCCUUCGAGAGAAGAUGGAGAAAAAGGAGACCAACUCCUCUGCUAAUGCUGCACACUCUUCUUCCCACACUGCCUAA